CCACCACCACCAUGGGCUCCUUCCUCUCCAGCCUCCUUGGAGCUCCGGCGGCGGCCGCCGACGGCUCGUCGGAAUCCCCGUCGGAGCCCUCCCGCGUCCAGGCGUUCCACUCCGCCCCGCGGUGGCAGCUCCACUUCAACGCCGUCAAGGAGACCUCCCAACUGAUGGUGAUCGAUUUCGCGGCGUCCUGGUGCGGGCCCUGCAGGAUGGUGGAGCCGGCGGUGCAAGCCAUGGCGUCCAAGUUCGCGGACGUCGAGUUCGCCAAGAUCGACGUCGACGAGCUGUCCGACGUGGCGCGGGAGUUCGGGGUGCAGGCGAUGCCGACGUUCGUGCUGGUGAAGAAAGGGAAGGAAGUGGACAGGAUCGUCGGGGCGAAGAAGGACGAGCUCGAGAAAAAGAUCCAGAAGCACAGGCCUGCUCUCGUGGCUACCAGUUGAGAGUUCGAUUCCUCUUUUGCCCCCAUCUCCUUCAAGGGGAAAAAACAAAGA